AGAUUCGAAAAAUUACAAUUUCCCACGCGGCAAAAAUAACCGAACAAAUUACAGUAACCUUUUUUUCGAAAAGAAAAUUACUCCUCCAGCACCAGCGCCUUUAUUUUAUUAGGAAAAAAAACAGAAAUAGAGUAAAACAACAGUCACUGUCUAAGAUCGGGUCUAGGGUUCCUCAAAUUCUCUCUCUCUCUCUCUCUCUCUCUCUCUCUCUCUCUGCAGCCCAGAAUAAGCUCUGGAAUCAAACUCGUUCCAUAUCGGUCGCAGGUGUUGAAUUGGUGGGAAAGGUUUGGGUUCGAUUGGAGUUGGGGUUUCUUAGCUCGAUCGGAGGGUUCGGUGAUUUUGAGAAUUUUUGUGGUCGUUGCAAAUGCCGGACGAGGACUUGGUGGAGCUUAAGUUCCGAUUAUAUGAUGGGACCGACAUCGGUCCGUUUCAGUAUUCUCCGGCUUCUACCGUCGCGAUGCUUAAGGAGAGAGUCGUCGCCGAGUGGCCUAAAGAUAAGAAAAUUGCGCCCAAGGCCGCAAAUGAUGUCAAAUUGAUAAACGCUGGUAAGAUUCUGGAGAACAGCAAAACUGUUGGCCAAUGCAGAACACCUUUCGGAGAGCUUUCAAAUACUGUCAUCACUAUGCAUGUUGUGGUGCAGCCGACUUUAGCAAAAGCAAAAUCAGAAAAGAAAGUUGAUGAGGCUCCAAGGAAAACCAUGUGCAGAUGUUCGAUAUUGUGAGAAGAUAAAGGUUAUUCGGAAUUAAUCUCGUGGGGCUCUUGGGAUCACCUGGUCGGUUGAAUUGGGCAGUUGGAAAAGACAAUAAUUCCAAACAGUACCUUACCUCAUUCAUUUACAUGCUUGUUUGUUAUGAUGUAUUUGUCUUUUAUAAAUUCCUUUGUGUUUGUGUACAUUUGUAGCUGCAGGCCUUCCAUAUAGAAAUACAAGGCUAAUGGGGUUGAUAACCUCAAAAGGGCUUCUCAUUUAUAUGUCAGCAUCACGAGUCAAAUUUGGUCGGUAUGGCAGUGCUGCAAAAAUUGGACCUCUCUCUAUUAUGUAGAACAAAAUGAGUGGCCUGGUGCAUGCUUUUUUAAUUGUAUAAAUCUCAAGGUGUAUACCACAUGGAUUCAUGUUCUUUGCUUA